GUUUUUAAAUCAAAAUAUUAUUGUAAAAUUAAAAUAAUUUGUUCAAAAGCUGAAUUGAAAAAAUUUUUAUAAACUAACGACAUGAUCUCUCUAAGAAAAUAUAUUUAUUUUAAGCCUCUAGCACUUCGUUGGACCAGUACCAAGCAAAAUAUUUUGCAAAUUCCGCCAAAGAAAAGUGAAGAACUAGAAGACAAAUUGUCUGCUCCUAAAACUAAUGAACAAACUGUUAAUAAUUUACAAGAUUUCACAGACCUGCUAGAAACUAAAAUCGAGCAAGAGCGUUUAAAAAUAACAAAAUUUAAAAAGGAAUAUGGUAGAACAAAGGUGGGAGAGAUAACUGUGGCUCAACUAUAUGGCGGCAUGCGUGGUAUGUUAGGUUUCGUGUGUGAUACUUCGAAUUUAGAUGCCGAAGAGGGCAUACGUUUCCGAGGGUUUACUUUAACGGAAAUACAACAAAAGUUGCCUAAAGCUGAAGGUGGUAGAGAACCUUUACCGGAGGCAAUGUUUUGGUUAUUGAUUACGGGGGCAUUACCUAGUAAAACAAAUGUUGAAUUUUUGUCUAAAAUGUGGGCGGAAAAUAGUCCAUUACCGGAAUAUGUGCAGAAAAUAAUAGACUCUUUGCCGAAAGAUAUGCAUCCAAUGACACAAUUUUCUAUAGCGGUAGCAAGUCUGAAUAAGAAUUCCAAGUUCAAUAGGGCCUAUAAUGAGGUGAGAAACAUACCACGAUCGGAAUAUUGGAAGUUUAUUCUCGAAGACAGCAUGGAUCUUUUAGCCAAAUUACCUUCUGUCGCUGCCCUGAUUUAUAACAAAACUUUCAAAACUUCAAAAUUCGAUUACUCUGCUAAAUCUUCCCUAGAUUGGAGUGCCAAUUUUGCUCAUAUGUUAGGAUUUAAUGAUCACGAUUUUAAUGAACUCUUGCGUUUAUAUUUGUCGCUACACUGUGAUCAUGAGGGAGGCAAUGUUUCGGCCCAUGCUUGUCAUCUGGUAGGUUCAACUUUAACUGAUCCUUAUUUAGCAUUUGCAGCAGGUUUAAAUGGUUUGGCAGGUCCUCUGCAUGGUCUGGCCAAUCAAGAAGUGCUCAAAUGGUUGGAUGAGUUAGUAAAGGCCAAGGGUCAAAAUGCUAGUGAACAGGAUAUUAAAGAUUUCUGUCAAGAUCAAGUGAAACAAAGCGGCAAGGUUAUACCCGGUUAUGGUCAUGCCGUUUUACGCAAAACUGAUCCACGUUUCAUCUGCCAAAUGGAAUAUGCCCAACGUGUUAUUCCCCAUGAUCCCCUCGUCAAAUUGGUGUCGAAAGUUUAUAAAGUGGUACCGGGUAUUUUGAAAAGUUUGAGUAAAGUUAGUAAUCCUUGGCCCAAUGUUGAUGCCCAUUCGGGUGUUUUAUUAAGACAUUUUGGUCUAAACGAAGCUUCAUAUUAUACCGUACUAUUUGGCGUUUCACGCGCUUUGGGCUUAAUGGCUCAAUUGAUAUGGUCCCGAGCCUUAAUGUUGCCUAUUGAACGUCCUGAUACUAUAACUACAGAUUUACUCAUGGCAAGAGCAAAAGCCAAUAGUCUUUUAAAGGAAAAGGAUGCGAUGCUGUAAUAAACAGAUUUUCAAUGUUAUUAAUUUUUAAUUGCUUUGUUAACUAUUACAUUUUGUUUCAUUCGAUUUUAAUUUAAUUAAAAAUU